AAAUAAAAGAAAGGAGGUGCAGUAGUCAAGUAGUAAGUAACCUAACUGGUGCGGAGAUGGGAGUGAGGUUUGGGAACUGGUUUGAGCACAGGAAACCUCAGUGACACAUUCAAGAACCAACCCAUCGACUUUGGCUGAAUUGCGAAUUCCAUUUCCCUAAUUCCCGCAAAUGGGUGCUAGGGUUCCCGUGCAGCAUUACAAUCUCAACUCUCCAUCUUCCUUCAUCGACAGCCCUCUCCACGUCCUCAACGCCGUCGACGCCUGAACCGCCGCCUCCGCCAUCGACCACAUCACCGCCGACGACAACCCCAACGACGAUUCCGCCUCCGCCGUCGAUUGCAUGAAUGAAUCGCAUAGGAGCUGUUUGCCGCUUCACAGUGUGGAGGUAGACGAGGAUCGCGCUAGUCUAGACACUAAUGAGUCUUCUAGAACUACCUCUUAUGAUAUCUUGACAGUUGAGGAUGUUUCGCCUAUUGAACCGGCAAGGGCGAGAUUUUUGCAAAUUGUUGUGGAUCAUUUUGUUGAAGACCGUGUGAUUGAGAUGCCAGAUUCUGAGGCUGAUUAUGCCGGCCAAGACAAAAUGAGUAAGAGGAGGACGAGAGAGAUCCAGUAUGAAGGAGACCCAAAUUUCACCCUGCCUUUGAUGUAUAUGGCGAAUAUGUAUGAAAGUUUUGUUAGUGAUGUGAAUAAUAGGCUUGCUUCCUUGAAUGGUAUUCGGGAGAAGACAAUAGGGGUAGCCCUUGAAGCUGCCGGUGGUUUGUAUAGAAAACUGGCUAAGAAAUUUCCUAAAAAGGGACCAUGUACAUUUAAAAGAGAAUUGGCUACUUCUAUGGAAACGAGGACAAGGUUCCCAGAACUAGUUAUACAAGAAGAGAAGCGUGUUCGCUUUGUGGUAGUUAAUGGAUUAAGAAUUGUUGAAAAACCUAAUAAUGUGCCGAUUGAUGAUGCUGAGUGGUUUAAGAGAUUGACGGGUCGGAGUGAAGUUGCUAUCUCAGCCAAUGAUUACAAAUUUUACUCUCCAAGACACAAGUAUAGGCGUGGUGCAUCAAUUUCACUUUCAAAUAUCCAAGAUAUCCCUCCACAAAAUCAGCAGCAAACACCGUGCAAACAUCACUUGCAGUCAUUGCCACAUCAACCUCAGCUUCAUCCAGUUCUCCAGAACAAUCAAACUAUGCACCAAAGUCAGCAUGCAGGGCCCUAUUCUCAUAACCCUCAAAGUGGUCCUUCACACCUACCUGAAAUUUCUCAUGCUCACCAGCCAAUAUCAAUAUCUCAACACAUGACUUGCUUACAACCACUCACUGGUGGCAAUGUUGGAGGACGCUUGCACAUGCUGCCAACAACUCCUGCAAAGUUUUGUGAUGAAUGCGGGGCUCCAUAUCUGAGGGAAACAUCCAAGUUCUGCUCCGAGUGCGGUUCGAAGAGAUUAGGAACAUAGCAGGUUUAGACAAGUUUUACUAGUCCAUUCCCAUUAUAACAUUUGUCCUCAACAUUUUUUUAUCACAGGUGUACUCAGGUUUUUUAUAUUAUUAGUUUUUAUAGUAUUUUUUUAUGUUCUUAUUUACCCUAAUAAAUAGAAAAUAGUAUAGUUUUCACUUGAAAGUUGUGGUCUGGUAAAUAGUUGUAGAUAUAUCUAUUGGGUUUGAACUUGUGGGAGCUUUAUGAACCGGAAUGCAGAACUUCAAGAAGACGUGAAAUUGACAAGGUUGUUUGGUUUUAGCUUUUCUCUUUUAGUCUGUUUGGUAAUAGGAUGCUCUAACGUACUAUAUUUGUAUUAAUUAACUACAUGGGUGUGGUAAAAUCAUGCGUUGUAUAUUUUGCACACA